UAACCCUGGAGGAUUGUGAAAGAAAAUUCUGGAGUUAACAAAAUCUCCCAACGAAAUCAAAACCCCAAACAAACCUAAACCAAACGCGAUUUUAGAUUUUCCCCAAUUCGAUCAAUCAAACAUUGCAGAACCAUCGAUUCACGAUUCGUUGCAAUUGCAAUGACGACACCACCUUCAUCCUCAUCAUCUCAACCCCAAUUCACAUAUUCCAACGCCCCUUACUUUCCCGUUCCCUUUCACCUUCAACAACCCGCAACCACCUCUCACUACGCCGCACCCUACGUUGCCGCCCCCGCCGUGCAACUUCCUCCGCCGCCAAUUGUCGGUCCUGUUCCACCGCCUGCUGCUUACUCCGUUCCGCAAUAUCAAGCACAGCAAUUGUUUGAGAGAGAUGCACAGAUAAUAACUCCGGAGGCUCUUGAGAAUGUGAAGGCGGCAAUUGCGAGUAGCGAUGUUGAGCAUAAAGCUGAGACCAAGAAGAAAGCGGUUCCUCGUAAAGCUGCUGGUCAAGCUUGGGAGGAUCCUAUUCUUGCUGAGUGGCCUGAAGAUGAUUAUCGGCUCUUCUGCGGUGAUCUUGGGAAUGAAGUCAAUGAUGAUGUUCUUUCGAAAGCAUUCACGCGAUUCCCUUCCUUUAACAUGGCAAGAGUUGUUAGAGAUAAGCGAACUGGAAAAACAAAGGGCUAUGGAUUUAUAAGCUUUGCUAACCCUGCUGACCUCGCUGCUGCUCUUAAAGAAAUGAAUGGUAAGUACGUCGGAAAUCGGCCAAUAAAACUACGCAAGAGUAAGUGGAGGGAGAGAACUGAUUAUGAUGCAUUGGAGAAACAGAAGAACCAUAUUCAGAAGAAGCCAAAAAUGUCAAGAAAGAGUAUUCUGCACAAGUGAAAAUAGGCCAGAAUAUGUAUAAACCGGGUUAUCAAAUAGAACAUUGUUUUCAAAUGAUCCGUGUUUUAAUCUGAAAUGUAAUUCCAAUGUAACAAAUUGAAGGUUCACCUUUAGAUUUUCUUUCCCAAGAAUGUGCUAUUUAAAGAUGUGUAAACCUCUCGUUAGGUUAUGCCUCAGGCCACUUGAUAUAUUGACAGAUAUUUUUUAGAUACCAUACUGAAUACUGAUGAGUUAUUGGUUUA